AAAGAAUUAAUGGGAAUCUGGUUGGACAGGAUUCGAACUGUCGAAAUUAAUUAUCAAGGUUACAAACAACUACGUUCACAACCUCAUAUGGUUCAUAUCAAGAAAUUGCAUAGUUGCCAAACAAGUACUUUGGAUUUUAUAAAUGAG